AUGAUGCACGAAUUAGUGUUUAUCAUUGGGUUGUUUGUGGCUGUUUUAUCUGUUUCUUCUCAGAGCGAUUUGUCGAGACACAAUUGGAGCAUAAUAUCUAGAAACCGGAGUGUGUUUACAAAACUCGUUAGUGAGCUCAACAACCACCACAGCAUUGGUGAAUUCGAGGCACUUUGCAAGAUUUACAGAAUCACACAAGCGGAGACACCGAAGUCUUCCUUUAAGAAUCGUGAGAAGGAAGCUGAGAUUCUGAAGAAGUUGGAGGAGAUGGUCAGUGAAACUGAGGCUGUGGGUGGUGAUAAAGGUUCAAGUAAGUUGGGUAAAAGAACGACGGCAUAUCAGGAGAUAAAGAUACUUCUUGAGAAGGCGAAAAAGCUGAAGGAAGAAAUAGAAGUAAAUAGGACAAGAUCGCUAAAUGCAAGUCGUUCUGCUGAGGAAAAUAUGUUGAGAGCUGUGUAUGGCGACGCUGUGGAUGUGGCGAGAAAUGAAAAUAAAACUCUGGAGGAAGCCAUGAGAGGAAACAAAUCACUACUGUUCAACAGUGUUGAUCAUGCAAAUAUGAGUUGUGGUUCUUACGGAGACAAACUGGUUGGAAAGACACUGAUCAAUGACUUUUUCUGCCUAUGUGUGGGAGAGGCUAUAGAUGUACAAAUAAGAAGCAAUAUGUUUUCGGGACUCGAGUUAAGCUCGAAUUACCACCCUGUGUAUAAUGGGUUUAACUGUCCCUGCAAGGAUGAAAUAAGGAGACCCCAAAAUGGAAGUUGGACUAUGAUGGCUGAUUAUUGCCCAAGCAACUAUAAUACUUGCGACCCUAGAAAGGUAAAAUACAACCAUACUGAGGCAUGGGAUGUGAUUAGUAAAGCUUGCGUGUACAAAAAUGUUGCAUCGAAUGUGAAAACUCUGAAGAGUGCACUAGCUCAGUUUGAUGCGUUGGUGAAUUUAGAGCAGGAUAAUUAUCAAAUGAAGGGUAUUCUUGGGUACGCGGAUAUUUCAGAAAACACAAAUCGCACAUGCAACGGUCAUACUGCUGGAUUCACGUGUGUCAGUUACAAUUACACACUUGAAAAUGGUGGAAUUCCAUGGUACAACCGCCUCACUAACGCCACCAAGGAACUACAAGAAAUGGCGAAGUAUGCCAAAGAGGCUGACAGUCAUCUUCAUGAAUUGGAAGAGUACCAACAUGAGGCAGAGGAAAUAUAUCUUGAAGUGAAACUUGGUGGUGAUGCAGAGCUAUGGAAGAGUAGCCGAGGUAAGGGUUACAGUGGAGGUGAUGAUACUGAUGUAAAUAAUGAUGGGCUCAACUAUAUAAAUAUUACAACUGACUUUCUUAUAUUAUUGUUUUCAUCUUUUAUUUGUAUAUCUUAG